UUUGGAGCUGAGCGAACAAAUACAUGACGCUCACAUCCAAACGGAACCAUGCACACAGCAGCAAGAUAAGCGCUCUAUUUUUAGAUCACAAAACUCGCGCCAGGUGGACGAUCCUGCGCAGCGGCCCCAAAACAUCAAUAAUCAGCUGUUCUACAGCUGUUAUCUAACUUCUCACAGCUGUGAGACACGAAGAAAGCAGUCUGCCUACGAGACUACGCUACAGCCAAACAUGGCUGGCGUUAUCACAAAGUCCUUGCACAGAUUAUUGCAAAUUAAACCGAUCAACAGAAGUUGUUUGAAGAGGUCUUUCACCUCGCCGUCAUCCGAUACAUUCGCCGCGAAAAGUACAAAUAAAUUGCAAGUGAUAUGUGGCUGUGCAACUGGAUUUGCUGUGAUGAUGUAUCUCCACUCAAAAACCAACCUCAGUACAGCUUAUGCAUUCAAAUUAAGAAAGCGGGACGAUGAGCUAGUUCGGACAGUGAAGCUGACGUCACGUGAGCGUCGCUUCAUCCGCUUUGCGUCGGUUGAGUACGACGGCCAGCUCUACAUGACGCCGCAAGACUUCCUCGAGUCCUUUGUCGACCAGGAGCCAAGACCACGAGUGAAGAGGCGAUCAUUGUCUGACAAGGACUUGGAAGCAAUUAGAGAUGCCACCCCAAGCCUUAAUAAGGGCUCGACUGUUAUGUUUCGCAGUUUACAGAACAAAGGAAUAAUCUCGUAUACAGAAUACCUAUUUCUUCUAUCAAUCCUAACAAAGCCGCAAACCGGGUUCCGAAUUGCAUUCAACAUGUUCGACACGGAUGGCAAUGAAAGAGUCGACAAGAAUGAGUUUCUUGUGUUGAGGCGACUAUUUGCACUAAAACUGGAAAAGGUGAAGGAUCAGCACUUAGAUUCUCCAAAACAGAUGGAGAAGAUAUUCAGUCACGCGUGGAAGGACAAGCGUGGCUUGCCUGCAGAUGACGUCACUGCGACGCCCGCCGUGACGCCGGGAGGGGGUAACGACGCCCAGAUCACAGAGGAGUACGUGGAUGACGAACAGGGGUUGCAACGACGUCAUCUGGUGGACACCACGCUAACUGUACACUUCUUCGGACCCAAGGGCAAGAACGAACUGCGAUAUGAAGGAUUUAGAAGGUUUAUGGAAAAUCUGCAGACCGAAGUAUUAGAACUUGAAUUCAACGAGUUUUCAAAGGGAGCACCAACUAUUAGCGAAAUGGAUUUUGCAAGGAUUCUUCUUCGAUACACUUACCUUGAUACUGAUGCAUAUGAUAUGUACUUGGAUCGACUGCUGGAUAGGGAAGAAGCAGACAAGGGCAUUUCGUUUGAAGAGUUCAGAGUUUUCUGCCAGUUCCUCAACAAUCUGGAAGACUUCACAAUCGCCAUGAGAAUGUAUACACUGGCUGAUCACCCUAUCUCCAAAGAUGAAUUCCUGCGGGCAGUCAAGAUCUGCACUGGUCAAAACCUGAGCAAGCACCUCGUAGACACGGUGUUCGCAAUAUUCGAUGAAGAUGGUGAUGGACAACUCAGCUACAGAGAGUUUAUCGCCAUUAUGAAAGAUCGUUUACAUCGCGGUUUCAAGCUGAACACUAAGAACGAGGGCUGGGAAGCAUUCAGACAGUGCGUCAAGCAAGAAAUCAAAUCUCCAGGAUAAAAAUCAAGAAAAUCCCACACCUCAACCAAUUUUUCUCCCCUUAUCUACUCUACUAACACGCAUUUUAAGCUGCAAUAGCUGAUUUAUUGUGUUCUUUUUGCAAUUAUUGUGUUCAUUUGCCAUUGUAUCAAUUUUAAUUAUCUGCAACAUCUAGUUCCUCAGUAUACCUCCAUGUUUUUAUUGUUCCUUAACGAUCCCCUCCCACAAGUAUUAAUUACAAUUAUCAUUAUUUAAUUCGACCAAUUUGUUCAAUUUAAACGUUUGUUACUGUUUGAGAGAUUAAGUUAUUAUUGUUAUUGUUAUGCAUGUUGUUGUAAUUUGUUAAGUAUAUCAUUGUUAUUUUCGGAUAUGUCCAGAGUUGUUUUAGGAUUAAAUGUAUUUCAACGACCAGUAUACCCAUAUUCUAGAACAUUAUUCUGAAUUAUUAACACUUCAAAUAUUAUAGAUGUUUUCGAAUUUAUUGUUAGGUUGUAUUUAAAUAAUUAAUUGAUGUAUUAAUCAUUGUUAUUAGUUCGCAUGGAAGAUAUUACGAUAUUAGGAUUUAUGUUUUUUUUUUAUUCAAUUUAUGUUAUUAACUGUAUGUUUACUUGCUAAUCUAAUUCUCAGAAAUCAAAAAAUCAGAUUGAUACAAAUCUAAUGUACAUCUCACUUGAUGCAAUGUGAUACAUAAAAAACUAGAUACUCUUUCUCUUAUCUGAAAUUUUUAAACAGAUUAAUCUUGUUAGGCCAUAUCUUAUUCAUAGAAAAAGAACAAUUAUUGGUUUUUGCACAUUUGGAAUAUUUAUAAAAUUGAGAUCCCAUAAAUAUUUAAAAUUCAUUAGAACAGUGUUAUUGAAAUAGUUACUUGAAUAAUCACAAAAAUUUUAACAUUUUCUCAAUUUAUUUGGUUUGACCUCUAGAAUAUCAUAGAAACUAAUACCUAUCAAAUGCAGAUAUUAUUAUAUGCUUGUUUAUUAGAUGUAUGUCAUAAAUUUUUAUUUUAAAGGGGCUUUCAACGUAUUUGAUGCGAAUAAGAAGUUUGGAAAGAAAAAUAUGAAAAUCAAUAGAUUAGCUUCUUUUCUAUCAAAAGCAAAUCUCAAUCAGCAUGACAGUUAAAACCUGUACAUUAUUACAACUCAAUUUUUUUUUAUUAGCUAAGCUCCUCUCCCUUUAAACAUAUUCAAUGCUAAAUUAUUUGCAAGACUAUACGAUUGUAAACUAAGAUUAUAAGUCACAAUUAUUUGAAGUAUUUAAGUCAUAUUGGAGUACUAUUGCCUAGUAUCUUGCUUAGAAGAAUUUUAAACUAAUCGAUCAUAUAUUCGAACAAGUUAUAAUUAGACCUAUCUAUCUUGUAUAAGUUGUUGCUUUGAAAUUAAUUAUUUUGUUGAUAAUUAUAUUUGUUAUAUAGUUUAUAGGAUUGAAAGUGCCAUACGAAUCCAUUUUCAAGCACAAUAAUUUGAACAAAUAAUUACUGAAUUGACAUAUAAAACCCUUGAUUUACGCAUAUUUUUGAAAUUCAUUAUUCAAAGUACUGCGUUUCAAAAUAACUUAUAGAACUUUUGUAGUUACUAUUAGAAUUUAUCAAUUAUUCGUCUGUAAUAAUCAACACUAAAUUCACAUAAGGUUAAAUAACGAUGAUCCAAUAUUUAAAACGCUUUUGCAGAGUGAUCUACACUCUUGCUUCAAUUUAAAUCCCUUUAUUCAAGAUAUAAUGAUGUUUCCUCAUGAAUCAUGAGUUCAGAGAAAUAGCACAACAUUUUAAUAGUAUGCUUAAAGAAAAAUUUCAAAUAGAUCAGCACAAAAACAUUUACAAAACUAUAGUCUGAUUAGAUUUUAUAAGUUUCAUGCCAAUUCGAAAAAUAAUCAAUAUUACUGUAUCUAGUCAUUGAAAUCUGCAAUACUGGACUGAUUAUUUUAUCUGAAUCAUUUGAUUUUAAUAUACGUAUUAUUAUAG